GGCUUGAAUUUUUCAUAUGUUGAUAUUACUUAUUUUCGUAAUCAGUCCCCUAUAAAGUGAUAACAAUUGGCAACAUUUCUUACUACAGUUUUUAAAUUUUUUCAUUACAGGGAAUUUCAAACAUGAAAAGUAGAGAGAGUAGAAUACUGAGCCCCGUUUCUGUCACCUUCUUCACCAGUGUCACAUCAUGGUCAGUCGACUCAUUAUUUUAUUCCCCUUUCCCCAAGAAGGACCCUUCAGAGGCAGCUCCUGGACAUGUCAUCUCAUUUCUAAACCUUUUACGCAGCUGGUGAAGGAAAUGCAGCUUCAUCGAGAAGACUUUGAAAUAAUUAAAGUGAUUGGAAGGGGUGCUUUCGGUGAGGUUGCUGUUGUCAAAAUGAAGAGCACUGAACGAAUCUACGCCAUGAAGAUCCUCAACAAGUGGGAGAUGCUUAAAAGAGCAGAGACCGCGUGUUUCCGGGAGGAGCGGGAUGUGCUGGUGAACGGGGACUGCCAGUGGAUCACCACCUUGCACUACGCCUUCCAGGACGAGAACUACCUGUACUUGGUCAUGGAUUACUACGUGGGUGGUGACUUACUGACCCUGCUCAGCAAGUUUGAAGACAAGCUUCCAGAGGACAUGGCGAGAUUCUAUAUCGGCGAGAUGGUGCUGGCCAUUGAUUCCAUCCAUCAGCUUCACUACGUGCACAGAGACAUCAAACCCGACAAUGUCCUUUUGGAUGUGAAUGGUCACAUUCGUCUGGCCGACUUUGGAUCAUGUUUGAAGAUGAAUGACGAUGGGACUGUCCAGUCGUCAGUGGCUGUGGGCACACCCGACUACAUCUCGCCGGAGAUUCUGCAGGCCAUGGAGGAUGGCAUGGGCAAGUACGGCCCCGAGUGCGACUGGUGGUCGCUGGGCGUCUGCAUGUACGAGAUGCUGUAUGGAGAAACUCCGUUCUAUGCGGAGUCGCUUGUGGAGACCUAUGGGAAGAUCAUGAACCAUGAAGAGCGGUUUCAGUUCCCGUCCCAUGUCACAGAUGUGUCUGAAGAGGCGAAGGACCUCAUGCAGAGGCUGAUCUGCAGCAGGGAGCGCCGGCUUGGCCAGAACGGCAUUGAGGACUUCAAAAAGCACCCGUUUUUUCAAGGAUUAAAUUGGGAAAAUAUACGGAACCUGGAGGCACCUUAUAUUCCCGACGUUAGCAGCCCUUCGGACACAUCCAACUUCGACGUGGACGACGAUGUUCUGAGGAACAUCGAGAUGUCACCUCCUGGUUCUCACACGGGCUUCUCUGGGCUGCACUUGCCCUUCAUCGGGUUCACGUUCACCACGGAAAGCUGUUUUUCCGACCGGGGCUCUCUGAAGAGCAUCAUGCAGCCCAGCACACUGACCAAGGACGAGGGUGUGCGGCGGGACCUGGAGAGCAGCCUGCAGGCCGAAGCCUAUGAGAGGAGGAUCCGGAGGCUGGAGCAGGAGAAGCUGGAGCUCAGCAGGAAGCUGCAGGAGUCCACCCAGACCGUCCAGUCCCUGCACGGCUCAGCACGGGCCCUGGGCAGCUCCGUCAGAGAUAAAGAGAUCAAAAGGCUGAACGAGGAGAUCGAGCGCCUGAAGAGUAAGAUAGCAGAUUUAAACCGACUAGAGCGACACCUGGAGGACGCUGUAACACCCCGCUCGGAGCAGGAGGGCUCUGCGCUUCGGCUGCGAGGCCUGGAGAAGCAGUUCCGCGUGGUGCGGCAGGAGAAGGAGGACUUCCACAAGCAACUGGUGGAAGCUUCAGAGCGCUUGAAGUCCCAGGCCAGGGAGCUCAAAGAGGCCCACCAGCAGCGGAAGUUGGCCCUGCAGGAGUUCUCGGAGCUCAACGAACGCAUGGCGGAGCUCCGCUCCCAGAAGCAGAAGGUGUCGCGGCAGCUCCGUGACAGGGAGGAGGAGGUGGAGGGGGCCAUGCAGAAGAUCGACGCCAUGCGGCAGGAGGCCCGCAAGUCCGAGAAGCUCAGGAAAGAGCUGGAAGCUCAGCUCGAGGACGCCAUGGCUGAGGCCUCCAAGGAGCGCAAGCUUCGCGAGCACAGUGAGAACUUCUCCAAGCAAAUAGAAAGUGAGCUUGAGGCCCUCAAGACAAAGCAAGGAGGCCGGGGACCAGGUGCCUCCUUAGAGCAUCAGCAGGAGAUUUCCAAAAUAAAAUCUGAGCUUGAGAAGAAAGUCUUGUUUUAUGAAGAGGAACUGGUGCGGCGUGAGGCCUCCCAUGUGCUCGAAGUGAAGACUGUGAAAAAGGAGGUACAGGACUCCGAGAGCCAUCAGCUGGCCCUGCAGAAGGAAAUCUUAAUGUUGAAAGAUAAAUUGGAGAAGUCAAAGCGAGAACGGCACAGUGAGGUGGAGGAGGCAGUGGGCACCGUGAAAGACAAAUAUGAGCGAGAAAGAGCAGUGCUGUUUGAGGACAACAAGAAGCUGGCUGCUGAGAAGGAAAGGCUUUGCUCCUUUGUGGAUAAACUCACAGCUCAAAAUAGGCAGCUGGAGGACGAGCUGCAGGACCUGGCCGCCAAGAAGGAGUCCGUGGCCCACUGGGAAGCUCAGAUUGCAGAGAUCAUCCAGUGGGUCAGCGAUGAGAAAGAUGCGCGGGGUUAUCUUCAAGCUCUCGCUUCUAAGAUGACCGAAGAGCUUGAGACUUUGAGGAGCUCCAGUCUGGGGUCAAGAACACUGGACCCCCUGUGGAAAGUUCGCCGUAGCCAGAAGCUGGACAUGUCUGCACGGCUGGAGCUGCAGUCUGCUCUCGAGGCCGAGAUCCGGGCCAAGCAGCUCGUUCAGGAGGAGCUGCGGAAAGUCAAGGACACAAACCUCUCCUUUGAAAGUAAACUAAAGGAUUCAGAAGCCAAAAAUAGAGAAUUAUUAGAAGAAAUUGAAAUUUUGAAGAAGAAGAUGGAAGAAAAAUUUAAAGCAGAUACUGGACUCAAACUUCCAGAUUUUCAGGAUUCUAUUUUUGAGUAUUUCAACACUGCACCUCUUGCACACGACCUGACAUUUAGAACCAGCUCAGCUAGUGAGCAGGAAACACAAGCUCCAAAGCCAGAAGUGUCCCCAUCGACGUCCAUUACCACAAGCACCGAACAGCAGGAAGACAUGGCUCGAGCCCUGCAGAGGCCACCCACUGGGCCGCUGCCCACCUCCCAGGCCCUCGCUCUGGCUGGACCAAAGCCCAAAGCCCACCAGUUCAGCAUCAAGUCCUUCUCCAGCCCCACGCAGUGCAGCCACUGCACCUCCCUGAUGGUGGGGCUCAUCCGCCAGGGCUACGCGUGCGAGGUGUGCUCCUUUGCUUGCCACGUGUCCUGCAGAGACAGCGCUCCCCAGGUGUGCCCCAUUCCUCCCGAGCAGGCCAAGCGGCCCCUGGGCGUGGAUGUGCAGAGGGGCAUAGGGACCGCCUACAAGGGCUACGUGAAGGUCCCAAAGCCCACCGGAGUGAAGAAGGGGUGGCAGCGGGCCUAUGCUGUGGUCUGUGACUGCAAGCUCUUCCUGUAUGACCUGCCUGAGGGGAAGUCCACGCAGCCUGGCGUCGUUGCCAGCCAGGUCCUGGACCUCAGAGAUGAAGAGUUCUCGGUGAGCUCAGUCCUGGCCUCUGACGUCAUCCACGCCUCACGUCGAGACAUUCCCUGCAUAUUCAGGGUGACAGCUUCCCUCUUAGGAGCGCCCGCUAAGACCAGCUCACUGCUCGUUCUCACCGAGAACGAGAAUGAGAAGCGCAAGUGGGUCGGGAUCCUGGAGGGGCUGCAGUCCAUCCUGCACAAGAACCGCCUGCGGAACCAGGUGGUGCACCUGCCGCAGGAGGCCUACGACAGCUCGCUGCCCCUCAUCAAGGCCAUCCUGGCUGCCGCCGUCCUGGAUGGAGAUAGGAUCGCGAUCGGCCUGGAGGAAGGGCUCUAUGUCAUCGAGCUGACCCGUGAUGUGAUCAUGCGUGUUGCUGACUACAAGAAGGUUUACCAGAUCCAGCUCGCCCCCAGAGAGAAGGUCGCCGUGCUCCUCUGCGGCCGGAACCACCACGUUCACCUCUGCCCGUGGUCUGCCUUUGACAGCGUGGAAAGCAAUGUGGACAUCAAGCUUCCGGAAACAAAGGGCUGCCAGCUCAUCGCCACGGCCACGCUGAGGAAGAGCACGGCCACCUGCCUGUUUGUGGCCGUGAAGCGGCUGGUCCUGUGCUAUGAGGUCCAGAGAACUAAGCCCUUCCACAGAAAGGUCGCGGAGCUCGUGGCCCCCGGCAGUGUGCAGUGGAUGGCCGUGCUCAAGGACAAGCUCUGUGUUGGCUACCCCUCGGGGUUCUCUCUGUUGAGCCCCCAGGGAGAUGGGCAGGCUCUCACCCUGGUAAACCCCAGUGACCCCUCGCUCGCGUUCCUCUCACAGCAGCCUUUUGACGCCCUUUGCGCUGUGGCACUCGAGAGCGAGGAGUACCUGCUCUGCUUCAGCCACAUGGGACUGUACGUGGACCCGCAAGGCCGGAGGUCGCGCACGCAGGAGCUCAUGUGGCCUGCGGUGCCUGUUGCCUGUAGUUGCAGCCCCUCGCACGUCACGGUGUACAGUGAGUAUGGAGUUGACGUCUUCGACGUGCACACCAUGGAGUGGGUCCAGACCAUCGGCCUGCGGAAGAUAAGACCCCUGAACUCGGAAGGCACCCUCAACCUGCUCAACUGUGAGCCUCCCCGCUUGAUCUACUUCAAGAGCCAGUCCUCAGGCACAGUUCUCAAUAUGCCCGACACCUCUGACAAUAGCAAGAAGCAGAUGCUGCGGACCCGGAGCAAGAGGCGGUUUGUCUUCAAGGUGCCAGAGGAGGAGAGGCUGCAGCAGCGGCGGGAGAUGCUUAGAGACCCAGAAUUGAGAUCCAAAAUGAUAUCCAACCCGACCAACUUCAACCACGUAGCCCACAUGGGCCCGGGCGACGGAAUGCAGGUGCUCAUGGACCUGCCUCUGAGCGCUGUGCCCCCAUCCCAGGAGGAGAGGCCCGGCCCGACUCCCACCAGCCUGGCCAGGCAUCCCCCCCCCAAGAGCAAGCCCUACAUCUCCUGGCCAACGUCAGGGGGACCCGAGCCAGGCAUGGCAGUGCCUCUGAGAAGCAUGUCCGAUCCCGAUCAGGACUUUGACAAGGAGCCAGAUUCAGAUUCUACCAAACACUCGACUCCAUCCAACAGCUCCAACCCCAGCGGCCCGCCGAGCCCCAAUUCCCCCCACAGGAGCCAGCUUCCCCUCGAGGGCCUGGAGCAGCCGGCCUACGACGCCUGAGGCCCACCCGGGUCCAGGGAGCCGGGCAGCUCCAACGCCAGUGCCAAGACAGAGCUGACCCUCCAGUGUUGCCGAAGGACAUGUAGAGUCGACUUGUAGAUAACGGAGACGAAAAAAUCUUUACUGUGAUGUGAUCCGUUUACGCUGAGUUGUUCAGGGCCCUGAACCAGACCCUUCGCCCGCACUGCUGAGGCGACACUGCUCCCUUUGCACACGAAGGCCCCCACCCAGCUACCCCGCCCAGAGCCAGCGGAGGAGGUGCCAGGCCACCAAGGUCGCUGCUCAGAGACCUUUGGGGAACACACAGCGAGGACGGCCGGCGACCAGCCUGUUCCCUCUCCCUAGAGCUUUCAUAGGACCAUAGGAGACGAGUAGCAAGUUGUGUCUUCCAGUGUCACUCGCUUGGAGGACAGGAAAGUGGAGGUUUGUCUGUGGCUCUCUUAGCCGUCGCGUGGUCCGCUGCAGAGGUCCUGCCGACCUCGUAGCCACGGACACAGGCCCCUCCUGAGGGACGCCUGCCCUGCCCUGGGUCCCCGUGUGUGUGAGCCCCUUCCGGUCACAACCACCAAGUGUCACCAGUAUCUACUGUGAAGUCGGCUGUGCUGCUGCUCGUCCCCUCGCAGCUCUGUCUCCUCCAUAGAAGCGGGUGUCAGGGUGCAGCCAGGCCCCAGGCCCCAGACCCCCGCCCCGCCCGGAACCCACCUGGAGCCCCUGGCUGGUACCCGUGUGGAUCGUGCAAACUCGCGGACACUCCUGUACUGCCCCUCCUGCAGCGCCUGUAUUUAAUGCUCACCCUCCCUGUGUCCCGUGAGAGUGAUGAGGUGGUGGCCUGUCCCGAGAGGCUGUGUGUGAUUCCCUGGCCAGCACGCAGCUCGUGCUCUGCCCAGGACGGCUGUUCUCUGCUGGCCCCUGCCAGCGUCCGGGGAGAGCUGUUGGAUACGUGCACUUACCUUGAGUCGGCACUGAGUGACGUGGGUACCACACCCAGCGCCUGCCCCCCCGCCCCCCGGGCCUUCUGCUGGGGCUGGCACCUGCUGGGGGUUCUGGUUUUUACUUUUUUAAUGUAAGUCUGAGUCUUUGUAAUUAUUGAAUCACCGUGAGAACAUUUUUGAACAAUUACCUGUCAAUAAAGCAGAAGACAGCAGUUUAAAGUU